GCUCCCGGAAGUCAGUUUGGGCCAAACAUCCGGGUGUCUCCCUUAUGUGCUCCGGCUGAUCCCACCUUUCCUUCUCCACCUGGACGUCUCCCUCGCCAAGGCCCGCAGCUCGCCCUCUUCUCCUCCACGCGGGGCUAGCGCGGACUCCAGCGACGGGAGCCCUCGAGGGACAUGGCAACUGCAGCGGCGCCGGCCGGAGGCGCCCGAAACGGGGCCGGCCCGGAAUGGGGAGGAUUCGAAGAAAACAUUCAGCAGUGGAGGAGCAAAGCCCCAAAGCCCUCGGAUGAGCAGAGGAAGACUUAAGCGGAUGGAACAGAAAGGUCCUGCACUCUAGGAGCCAUUUCCUUCACAGGGCGGGGGUUCUGCUGUGAUUGACAUGGAGAACAUGGAUGAUACUUCAGGCUCCAGCUUUGAGGAUAUGGGCGAGCUGCAUCAGCGCCUGCGUGAGGAAGAAGUAGAUGCUGAUGCAGCUGCUGCUGAAGAAGAGGAUGGGGAGUUCCUGGGCAUGAAGGGCUUUAAGGGACAGCUGAGUCGACAGGUGGCUGAUCAGAUGUGGCAGGCAGGGAAGAGACAAGCCUCCCGGGCCUUCAGCUUGUACGCCAACAUCGACAUUCUGAGACCCUACUUUGAUGUGGAGCCUGCCCAAGUGCGAAGCAGGCUUCUGGAGUCCAUGAUCCCUAUCAAGAUGGUCAACUUUCCCCAGAAAAUCGCAGGCGAACUCUACGGCCCUCUCAUGCUGGUCUUCACACUGGUCGCCAUCCUCUUGCACGGGAUGAAGACAUCUGACACCAUUAUCCGGGAGGGCACCCUGAUGGGCACAGCCAUUGGCACCUGCUUUGGCUACUGGCUGGGCGUCUCGUCCUUCAUUUACUUCCUCGCCUACCUGUGCAACGCCCAGAUCACCAUGCUCCAGAUGUUGGCACUGCUGGGCUAUGGCCUCUUUGGGCACUGCAUUGUCCUGUUCAUCACCUAUAACAUCCACCUCCAUGCCCUCUUCUACCUCUUCUGGCUGCUGGUGGGUGGGCUGUCCACCCUGCGCAUGGUGGCAGUGUUGGUGUCUCGGACUGUGGGCCCCACACAGCGGCUGCUCCUCUGUGGCACCCUGGCUGCCCUGCACAUGCUCUUCCUGCUCUAUCUGCAUUUUGCUUACCACAAGGUGGUAGAAGGGAUCCUGGACACACUGGAGGGCCCCAACAUCCCACCCAUACAGAGAGUCCCCAGAGACAUCCCUGCUGUAGUUCCUGCUGCUAGGCUGCCCGCCACCGUGCUCAAUGCCACAGCCAAGGCUGUUGCGGUAACCCUGCAGUCACACUGACCCAACCUGAAACUUCUUGGCCAUUUCUCUCUCCCCCAGCUGCGGAGCAGAGGAAGAGUAAAGGACAGUGCUGAUGAUAUGUGUCUCUUUCAUGGGUUCUGCGACUGCCACUGUGCUGUAACUGCUUAAAACCUCCUUGACACCUGUCAGAGCCCCUGAAGGGCGCAAGGCCAGGAACUUCUGGCCAGGACUGCAAGGCUCUGCAGCCAAUGCAAAAAGUGGGUCAGCUCCUCUGAGGCCCCCUCACCGCCUACCCCCUUCUGCCUCUUUCUCCCACAUUGUCUUGCUAAAUAUAGACUUGGUAAUUAAAAUGUUGAUCGAAGUCUGGAA